AUGGAGACAGACCGCAGUUGGAUGUACAAGAGUCACACAAACGGGUUGCUAACCACAGGGUAUAAGGAGCAUGUGAAGGAGUUUGUCCAAUUUGCAUUACGACAUCCCGCUUGUAUGAGUGGAGUGCAGAUAAAAUGUCCUUGCCCUAAGAGAGGUUGUCGAAAUACAAGCUAUCGGGAUGUCGAUGAGGUGGAAUUCCAUCUAUUGAAAAAUGGGUUUGUGAAAGUUAUAUGUGUGACGAAACGCAUUUUAAUGUCUGCGGGUAUGAGAGGGCAGGGUGGUUCAGGUGAUCCGACUAGAGGUCGGGGACGGGGUAACCCAGCUAGAGGUCGUGGUCGGGGUAACCCAGCUGUGCGUGCCCCUGUGGAGGACAUCCUUGUUCAGGGCCAACAGCAGGAGGUGGAGGCGGCACCCCCUGUUCAGCCCCGACAGCCAGGAGAGCCCCCUGUAGAGCUGGAUGCCCAGGGGAGGGCACUGAGUUUUCCAAACGCCAGCAGGGAGAGGCUGUUAAACCCUGGACCAAUCUCCCGGUCUAUGCGGGAGAUUUUUAGAAAGUGCUGGUUCGAGAAUGGGCGAGCCUGGCGGUUUCUGACUGCAGAGCAGACAAAUUUCUAUUUGGAGGAAUUUAAGAUAAUAAAUUGUUUUAAAAAGGAAUACUGGUGGAAUGCGGCGGAUUACAGCGACGACGUCAUCAAAAGUGUAUUCACGACGCAUGCUGCCAACCGAUACAAGGACAUUAUUCGCAGGAUGAGAGAGAAGGACAAAAAACAUACCUCGAUCAGCCAAGAAAUUUGGGAUUCCUGGAAGGCCUUCUGGGCAUCAGAGGACGAGAAGAAGAAGUCUGAUAUAGCUCGCGCUAAUCGGAUGAGCGAGCCUGCUGGAGCCGGUUCCGGACCAGUACGCCAUACAGGGGGAUCCCGUUCUGCCAUCCGACAUAUGGAUGUGCUGAAGAGCUCGGCCGCAAGCCUACCGCAACAGAGCUGUAUACUCGGAUGCACGAAAGCUGAUAAGGGUGUCAUGGUAGACAAGAGGGCCCAGGACAUGAGUGAUGCAAUUGCUCAGAGACUUGCUGCUGCAUCGCAGCCGCUGUCUGGAGAUGGUGGUUCUUCUAGCACAGCGUACGUCGACGAGACCCAGCUGUUUCUGGAUAUUGAGGGCGUCAACAAAAAGCGGCGUGUCUAUGGAUUGGGUUCAGCGAUUACUAGUGCGUACGUGGAUACGACAUCGACCAGUAGGGCGAGGACCAGGUCCACACAGUCACACCCAUUUGAGGAGGAGAUCGAGCGGCGUGUGCAGGCCGGGAUCCAGGAUGGACUGUGCCAGAUUACCACCAAGGUAGAGGCUCUCCGUGCCCAGCAGGCGAGCGCCGAUGAGAGGAUGGCCCAGAUUGUUCAGGCUGAGCUAGCGAAAUGA